UCUGCUUGGUCGGCGCGGGUGUUGUGUGUGUCCCCUGCUCCGCGGUCUAUUUUUCUUUCAUUCUUUCACACCCGCCUGGCGCUGGCGUGCGUGGUGGGUUGGCGCGUCGUAUUUACAUGCCCGCGGCCCUUGUUUGUUCAUGUUGCUCCGUCGCGCCUCAGUAUUUCACCGAAGGAAACUCAGCCCCGCUAGUUUUCGGGCGGUGGCGAAAGGGCAUGGCGUUUCGCUCAAGAUGGAGGCAUGCUGGCUGGCCACCCGCAUCGGCGUGGGUGUUCUGAAUGCAACUGAGCAACCUACCUGCCACGUUGGCGCGUCCACCUCCGAAG